AUGGCGACAAACAUCCCCCGUUCAUGCUUCGUUCUAGCCACCAAGCACACCACCACUCCAUUUUUGUAUCACACCCGAACACUCACGUCUCCCUCGAUACCUCUCCGAAAUCAUUCGACAUGUCGGUACUCCCGAUCUUUCUCCACGCAAAACAGCUCCAAUGAAGAUGAUGCGCCAACUCAGGUUUCUUCUGAGGAUUCAGUUGACCCAAGCGCCAUGAGUGAGGAGGCACCAAAGCCACGCCGAAGCUUUCUACAAAAGCGAGCAGCGUCUGUAUCAGCCAAGAAGUCAUCAGGCCCAAAGCUGGAGCCAGUUGCGCCCAAAAAACCCACCAAAAAGAUCGCGCCGAAGAUCACACCCCACGAGAAAGAGAUAUUCGGAGGGCUAUUGAAGAAGAUUGGAUAUAAGCAUGAUGGGGUCAAUGCCGAGAUUGACCCUAAGGCGAAACCAUUGAGUCCAGAGAAACAGGUCGAAAUGACGGAACUUGUGGCUAUGUUUGGAAACCUGCUACAGGACCCGCAGAAGCAAAGAGCUGCCAAGAAGGCUCUGAAGAAGCAAGAGUAUGAGAUGAGGGUUGCCCAAAGAAAGGCAGCAGAAAAGGCAGCAAACGCAGAGACAAAGGAGGCGAUGCCAUCAGCACCCUCAGGCCCGAGGCGGAUCAAGCUCAGCGAUUUGGGCUAUGUUGAGCCCGCCUCAUCUGCCGCGGAUGAAGUCAUGAUCAGCGUGCCCAGCGCCAUUCAGAUGGUCGUGGAAAAAGAAUCAGAGCACAUUGAAUUUGCUCUGUUCCAAGCCGUCGAGGAAGGCAAGGGCGACAUGGGUGUUUGGGAAGUAUGCAAAGAGCGUAUCUUCUCAAUGCUGCGUCACCUCGACGAGGAAACGUUUGCACAAGCCUCAACCGAGGACCUUGCCGCAGUUGAGCGGCCUGAAACCGAAACGCCUGCCCCUCGUCCAUCGGGACCUCUUCGAAUCCCACCGGCGGUCCCAACUACCCCCGUCCUGGCAGCUCUGUACCCCAAAACCCUCCUUAUUGCUUUCCGCCUGCUCAAUACCCACUUCCCACGCUCGCUGCUCAUCAGUCAGUUCCACUCCACGAUCAAGGAGCACGGCCGCCUGUCCGCGAUGCUGGGUGCCUCAUCUGGUUUGUACGAUGAACUGAUCACCUAUCAAUGGCGUGUAUGCAAGGACCUCCCAGCAGUGAUAGGGAUCCUGCGCGAGAUGAACCAGCUGGGGGUCAACCCCAGUAACAAGUCUCGUGGUCUGCUUACCAAUGUCAUCGUCCGACAAGGCCGAGACUUGAAAGCCUACGAGGAGUCUCCUGAUGGACGGGAGUUUUUCUGGAACUUGCCGUCCAAUCGAGAGGCAUUCGAGGAACUCACCUGCAAAGAUGGGUGGAUGGAUAAGAUUGAAGCAGCUUCGAAUGAGGCGAAGCAGCAGCGUCUGUCGCGGACCUUCCAACGUCAAUUUUCCUAA